UUACACAUCUACCAACCACUCCAAGCCAAAUUGUCAAAACUCAAAAAUGAGAGAGCAACACAGUAUCUCUUCCAAUUCCAACAACAAUGGCCGGCGAGAAAUCCUCCAGCUCUGGAAAUCCAAUUCAAUGCAAAGCUGCGGUCUGUCGUAAACCAGGAGAACCGCUUGUUAUAGAGGAGAUUGUGGUGGCGCCGCCUAAUCGUCAUGAAGCUAGGAUUCAGAUCAUUUGCACUUCUCUCUGUCAAAGUGAUAUCACUUUCUGGAAACUUAAGGAUUUUCCUGGCAUUGUUCCAAGAAUUCUCGGCCAUGAAGCUAUAGGGGUGGUGGAGAGUGUAGGUGAGGACGUUGAUGAACUUAAGGAAGGUGAUGUAGUCAUUCCAACUUUCUUGGCAGAUUGUGGAGAUUGCACAGAUUGCAAAUCAAAGAAGAGCAACCUUUGUACCAAACUUCCCUUCAAGGUCUCUCCUGGGAUGCCAAGAGAUGAGACUACUAGAUUCAGAGACUUAAAUGGAGAAGUUAUUUAUCAUUUUCUCUCUGUGUCCAGUUUCAGUCAGUAUACUGUCGUAGACGUAGCCCAUCUCACUAAAAUUGACCCUUCAAUCCCUCCAAACAGAGCAUGCCUCCUUAGUUGUGGAGUAUCAACUGGUGUUGGUGCUGCGUGGAGGUCUGCCAAGGUGGAGGCGGGAUCGACUGUUGUCAUAUUUGGGCUGGGGUCAAUAGGCUUAGCUGUUGCAGAGGGUGCAAGGCUAUGCCGUGCUACUAGAAUUAUAGGUGUUGAUGUGAAUCUGGACAAGUUCGAAAUUGGUAAAAAAUUUGGUGUCACAGAGUUUGUCAAUUCUAGAGACUUGGGAAACAAACCUGUGAGCCAGGUGAUAAAUGAGAUAACUGGUGGAGGAGCAGACUACUGCUUCGAAUGUGUUGGCUCGUCAUCCUUAGUUCAAGAAGCAUAUUCAUGCUGUCGAAAGGGUUGGGGAAAGACAAUUGUCCUGGGAGUGGAUAAACCAGGCGCACAACUGAGCCUUAGCUCCUUUGAAGUACUUCACAGUGGGAAAAUUCUCACGGGAUCCUUGUUUGGAGGACUCAAAGCUAAAUCUGAUAUUCCUAUUCUCCUGAAGCGUUAUAUGGACAGGGAACUGCAAUUGGAUGAUUUUGUGACGCAUGAGAUAAGUUUCAACGACAUUAACAGAGCUUUUGAUUUGCUAAUUGAAGGAAAGAGUCUCCGAUGUGUGAUUUGGAUGAGCAAGUGAGCAAGUCAUAUUGUAUGUUCACUGAAAACUCUCAUUUGGGCAUAUGCCCUUAUUUGUCAUAUGUAUGCUAGGCUCGUUGUUAAACUAUAAUAACUUAAUAAGGCAGUUUUUUCUCACUUGUACAAGACAUAUAUGUUUGAUACCUAGAAGUUUCAUAUUAUUUCAGCUCAGAUUACAAGUAA